GCAGCUGAGGCUGACCAACCGACAGCAUGUUCAGUUUAUAUUCUCUGUCAUCACAGACUUUCACGCUGUGGACUCUCAGAGACUCACUGUGAAGUCGUGGCCUCAGCUCUGAAGUCCAACCCCUCCCAUCUGAGAGAGCUGGACCUGAGCUACAACAACAACCUGAAGGAUUCAGGAGUGAAGCUGCUGUCUGCUGGACUGGAGAGUCCACACUGUAGACUGGAGACUCUGAGGUUGACGAGCUGCAGUUUGUCAGAGAUCAGCUGUGCUUCUCUGGCCUCAGCUCUGAAGUCCAACCCCUCCCAUCUGACAGAACUGGACCUGAGCUACAACAACAAGCUGCAGGAUUCAGGAGUGAAGCUGCUGUCUGCUGGACUGGAGAGUCCAAACUGUAGACUGGAGACUCUGAGGUUGAGGAACUGCAGUUUGUCAGAGAUCAGCUGUGCUUCUCUGGCCUCAGCUCUGAAGUCCAACCCCUCCCAUCUGAAAGAACUGGACCUGAGUGAAAACAAGCUGCGGGAUUCAGGAGUGAAGCUGCUGUCUGCUGGACUGGAGAGUCCAGACUGUAGACUGGAGACUCUGAGGUUGAGUGGCUGCUGGUUGUCAAAGAUCAGCUGUGCUUCUCUGGCCUCAGCUCUGAAGUCCAACCCCUCCCAUCUGACAGAACUGGACCUGAGAGGAAACUACCUGCAGGAUUCAGGAGUGAAGCUGCUGUCUGCUGGACUGGAGAGUCCAAACUGUAGACUGGAGACU